AUGCAAGGAGUUAGGACAAAGGGUGGAUUACCAGCACCAUACAAUAUGAAACCUAAAAAACAAGGGCUUUUAACAACACCAAUGAAGAAAUUAAUUGGUUAUUUAUUUGUUUUAUUUAUAUUUGGAUUUAUUAUCUUUGAAGUUACACCAAAACAACAAAAAUUUGAUACUGAAUAUGAAUUAGAUCAUAGUCAAGGUCAAGAUGAAAAUGUUGAAAAGCCAUUAAAACAAGGAACAAAAGAAGCUGCUGGUAAACCUGAAAUCAAACUUGCAGGUGAUGGUCAAGCUACAAAUGAUAAAGCUGAUAUCCAAGAUCAAAAUAAUCUUUUACAAAAAAAGAAAAAUAUAAUAGCUGAAAAUGAUAUAAAAGCAAAGUUAAAUGCUGAUGCAAAUGCAAAUCAUUUAAUAUAG